CAAAUAUGUACCGAUGCAGUGCGGGACAUGUCGAUAGCCACUGCCCAUUCUGGCCCUCUGCCUACCUUUAUUUAUAACUAAUUAAAGCAGUACCCAGUCGAAUGUGCUUGCUCCAAGAAGCCGGCCAACGGCUCGACGUAUACCUAAUAGCAAUCAAUUAAACGAGGGAGGGAAUAAAAGGGUGGCGAGUACCCCUGAAUAAUGUGUAUUGCAAACAGUUGAAUUUCUAAUUUUUGCAUAAAUGUGACGGCUGUGGAUUUCAUUUGCGGAUCGUGGAAGUACGGCUAUUUUUAAUUCUAUCGUGUACCCUGGUGCCUGCAGACUCUCCUCCCCUAUGCCAUUUCGAUUUAAAUAACGUUACGGGAUAAAAAUUUAAUAAUAAAAUAUAGUUAUUAAACGUUCGCGAAUGAUCACCGAGGUUAUUGAUACCCGAUUUAAGACAAGACACGAUGAGCACCUGGACCCAUUUGAACGUGGAAAGCGCGACCAAUGCUAUCUCCAGGGAUGAUUUGCACAGCAGUAUCCGAAGGGGAAAAUUACCGACGAUCGAGAAACUCCCGGACAAGGUGAUACUCAACAUUUUCAGCUACUUGUCUCAUCGAGAGAUCUGCAGGGUCGCCAGGGUGUGUAAAAGAUGGCGUCAAAUUGCUUACGACACCCGCCUCUGGAAGCAUGUCUCACUGAGGCCGGAGGUCAGCGGACUUCACGUUGGAUCUCUCGAGAGUCUUCUGCACUUGAUAAGCACACGUUUCGGCCCGUCGCUGAGGUAUAUCGAGCUUCCAAUCGAGUUGAUAACUCACACCGUUCUUCAUGAGUUAGCCAAUAAAUGUCCAAAUUUAACGCAUAUGCUGCUCGAUUUUUCUACCGCUAUGCAGCUCCACGACUUUUCCGAAAUGCAAGCUUUCCCGACAAAGUUGAAAUACAUGUGCAUUUGCCUGUCCGAAGUCAUCUUCAUGGAGGGUUUCAUGAGAAAGAUAUAUAACUUCAUCAAUGGAUUGGAAAUCCUACAUUUGAUAGGAACUUACGAAAAGGUCGAAGAAGAGGAAGAAGAAAUAUACGAAGUGAUAAACGUUCACAAACUGAAAUCAGCAACGCCAAAUUUGAGAGUAAUCAACUUGUACGGCAUUAAUUUUGUAGACGAUUCUCAUAUCGAUGCAUUUUCCUCAAAUUGCAUUCAACUCGAGUGUCUCGCCGUGAAUUUCUGCUCAAAAGUUACCGGCUCCACUAUGAAGACCCUCUUUCAAAGAAGCAGAAGGCUGACCUGCCUUCUCAUGCAAGGAACCAACUUGCAAAGUGAGUACGUGAUGCAGGUGGAGUGGGAAAAGUCCAGCAUCCAAGAAUUGGACAUAACAGCAACAGAUUUGAGUACCGAGUGUCUGAUCGAUAUGUUGACGCGGAUUCCUGGAUUACGGUUUCUCAGCGCUGGGCAAUUGAAUGGCUUCAAUGACAGCGUACUGAAAUCCUGGGCCGAGGUUGGAAAUCCGAGAAAUUUGAUAGCUUUGGACCUAGACAGUUCGGAUAACCUGACCGACGAUGGUUUGCACAAAUUCUUGUCAAGACACGGUCACCAGCUUUGGGGUGUAGCAUUGUCGGGAAUGCCUCAUAUCACGGACCAACUGUGGCAGAGCAUUUUGCCAAUUCUGACAAACACGAAGAUUGUCGUUAUGGGCACCCAGGAGCGCUUGGGGGUUAAUAUUCACGUGGAUCAACUAAUGGACGGCAUUGCCAAUAACUGUCCCAACCUUGAACGACUCGAAUUACGGUGGGACCCCGAAAAUCUUCGAUUCUCUGACAAGAGUCAAAAGGCUAUCGACAUUUUGCGAGUGAAAUGUGUUAAGCUUAGAUGUUUGGUAUUAAGCGAUGGAAGGUAUUACGAAAUCGUUAAAGCCAACUUCGAACGUGCCGAUAGAACAACGGUAGUUCGGACGACUACGUGUUCCAGAGUUACGAACUAUUACUUAUUGCAUAACUACAAAGAUUUAAUUUUUAAUUAAAAAAAUAACGAUAAUUGUAUUUUCAAGUGUGAAUUACUUGACUUCAGACACAGUGCUGUGCCUCUCGUGCCUGUAAAAUUUAAGUGCCAAGAUGAACGAAUUUACACGUACAUCAAAGAUAUAUUAUAUAUAUAUGUA